UGUGCCAAGCCCUGGCCAGGGGCCUUGACUUCCCAUCACGUGCCCACCCCUCACUCCAGAGCUUGGCGUAUAAAACUCGUCCUCUAAGAAAGCUGGUGACACUGGCCUGAGAGACUCUAGAAGGUCCAUUCAGAAAGUGGUGAGGACAGAAUUGACAGCACCCGCAUACUCAGGCUGUGCCCCACCAUCACAUGGUGAAAUAAAGCAGAGAUUCUUAGCACUCAGUCAUGCUAGGUUCAAAUCCAAGCUCUGCCGCUUACUGUAUCACCAUGAGCAAGUUGGGGCCCAGAGCAGGACUGUUAGGACUUAAAAAGAUGGAUAUAGGGGGUAUAGCGUGGGGGACACAGGGUUGCGGGUCCCUGGAGAGGACAGGAGCUCUCACUUCCAUGGCCACAGGUCCUAACGGGAGAAUGCUGCUGAUGUGGACACCGCUGUUGUGCUGGGGGCUGCUGCACCAAGCCCAAGGGACAACCCAUAGUCCUCUCCUCCUGCGGAUCGGCGAAAGAUGGCUGGAAACAAAUAUUUCAGAUCUAUUCAUAGAACAUGAGGUCCUGAAAGGUGUGAUCAGGAUGCCUGUGACUGGAUCCCCAAGUGAGGGUGUGUCUGUCCUGGACCGUCUGCCCUUCGUCAAUAAGGAGUUUGUUGGGAAGAAGAGUGGGUUGGACCUGUCACUUGUGGGGGACCUGCUCUCUGGGAAGACGAUGCCUGAGCUGAAGAAGCUACUAGAGACAGCUGGGUUGGUCAUAGAAGAUGCCAAGGGACCGGAAGUCACCCUGGAAAUUCUAAGUGACAGCCUGCUGCAGAUCACACUGCGCUGCAACCUGUACCUCUCACUCCUAGAGAUCCUAUGGCUAGAAGCCAUCAAGAACAUACGCAUUGGAGUACGGCUAGAACAGAUAGGGAACAAGACCCAGGUGGCCUUCGAGGAGUGCCAUGCGCCCCCUGGGAGCCUGAACAUUGAGGUCCUGAAGCAAACAGAGACCCUGUUGCCAAACCAGCUGCUGAACCUGGUGACUGAGAUCCUGGAGGAAUCACUGCCAUUCCUCCUCCAGAAGAUCGUGUGCCCUGUGGCCACAAACCUGCUCAACUUCCUGCUGGAAGACCUGCUACACAUCGCUCUCCCUCCAAUCAUCUCGGGUCCCAACGAUUUCCAGUACUAUGUGACCACCACGGAGUUCACAGAGGGAGCCAUCCUGAUGACAGUGCAGCUUGUGACUCCCUGUGGCCCACACCAGCGGGCUUCAAGGCCAGAGCAUGUGGUUCCCCCACCUCUCCCAGGAUUAGCCCAGGACAGCACGGCAGAUUUUGCCUUUUGGCUAGAAAUCUACAAUGACAUCCUGUCCUGUCUGUACAUGAGCCAGGAGAUCUUCGUGGAGCCCCAAGACUCCUCGGAAACUGGCCUCUGGGAGCUGUUGUCCCUGAGUGUUCCAACGCACAAGCCAGAGGUUCAUAAUCUGACCAGAGGGAGCCUGGGACUGAUCAUCAGCACCCCAGAUCCGCCCACUGUCCACCUGGAUGGCUCCAGGGCCACAGUCACCCAGCAGGGCUUACUGAUGCUGCAGGGGACCAAGAAUGCCUCCUCUGAUGCGGUUGCCUGGCAAAUCCUCUCCAAAGCUGUGUUCUCCUCAAGAAGUCAGAAACUAGAACUCCAGUUCACGCCACACGGGGCUGUGAUCACCUUGGGUCCCUACCCCACCAUCAGUGAGAAGCAGGAAGAGCAUCUGAAGGCCUUGCUCUUGGCGGUCCUGAAGAGGCGGUUCUUGCCUCACCAUAACAAGUGGCUCAGGGAGCAUGGCCUCCUACUGCCCAACAUCAAGGGCAUCUCCUUCAACCAUGCCCAGCUGGACUUCUCUGAGGUAGGUGCAGGGGGAGGGGUCUCCCAUGAUGCUCAGCUGAUGAGCAGGAAGUUAGAAGCUGAGGCCCCUCCCACCCUCUGCCUCUCUAUUACCAUGCUGGUAUGUGACACCUGUUAUAGAUGAAGUGACUGAGGCCUUGGGGGCCAGCAUGAGUCCCUCAGGAAGCCAGAACACAGGGCUCAUCAAGAGCAUCUCCCCUUACAUAGACAAGGCUAGUCUCCCCACUCUGACUGAGAGGAAACUCAAGGCUCAGAAAGGCAGAAAAGCAGGGCCAGGGUGACAAAGCAAGAGUCUUUAUCUGACCUCCAAGUCUAUUACCUUAGCCAGGACCACCCACCUCCCUAGAACUGAGGGGUGUUGGUUCCCAACCAGUGCUGCUGUACCCGGUGCCCACUCUCU